GAAGGAAAAAAUAAGAUUAAUUUAAUUAAUAAUUAGUUAAACUAAUAAAGAAAGAAAAAAAAUUAAGCAAGCACAAUAAAAAGAAAACAAAAAAGAAAUCAAAUAAAUUAAAAGAGCUUUUAUGUUUUAAAUUAAUUUUUAUAAUUAAAAAUAUUACAAUCCAAAAUAAAAAAUUGUUUUUAUUAAGUGUAAGUGUUAAUAGCAAAAAAUGAAGAAAAAAAUAUCAAAUAAUAAAAAAUGAAUAAUAAAUAAUUCAAAAUUGAAAUCAAAAUUAAGUUGAAAUAGCGAAAAUUUUUGUAUAAAUAGAAAUCAAUGAAUAAAUGUGAGAAUUUCUAUUAUAAAAAUUAUUUUUUAAAAUAAAUUUAAAGUUAAAAUAAAAAAAAUUUUUAAUAUUUUUAUUUAAAUAUACUUUAGAUCAAUAACGAGAACCUAAUGAGAUUAAAGUGA